AUGAAGUGGCGCCUGGCCGCAGACUUUGCCAAGGCCUCUCGCCUGCUGCGGAAGCAAAGCCAAGCCUACAAAAAACAAUUCUAUGAAGCCCAGGUUGAAGUGGCAGAGACAGCAGCCUCCAAGGGCGAUCAACGUGGCCUGCAUCUCAUUGUCCGCAGGUUAUCCCCCAAGGAUAGGCACAUUGCCAGCAGACUUCGGAGCACCGAAGGUGCCUUGCUCUCCAAAGAAGCCGAGCUGCAAUCCAUCGUGCAGCACAGCAACCAGACCUUUGCAGUGCACUCGGAUGAUAUGCCGAUGUCAGUCCUUGAAGCCGACUUUCACAUUACCGAUGCAGCCCUCACGAGUGAACUGCAGAAAUUAGGUAUCGCCAAAGCUGUGCCCAAACAUGUGGCGCCGUCGGCCACCUGGAAGCUGUGCGCCGAAGCCCUGGGAAACACCCUUGGCCUCGUUCUACGAGGCCACCUCCGCAGGGGCACGCCGGCCAAUCUUGAUGAUGACUGGAAGAACUGCUAUGUCGUGUGGAUCCCGAAGCCCGGGAAACCGCCAGUAAACGUAGCAUCCUUACGGCCAAUCGGACUGACCAGUCCGGCCAGUAAAGCCUUGGCGGGAAGCCUUAGGACCCAACUCCUCAGCCACCUCCAACCAAUGCUGAAGGUGCUGCCACAGUUUGCCUACGCCCAGCAACGGGGCACUGCGGAUGCCAUUGCCAAGGCACACAGCCACUUCCACAGUGUAGAUGAGCUGCUUCAGCAAACGAAGGCAGACCGCUUCCAACAGCAAGCGGGCCACCGCCACAGACGAUGUGCGGGGGGCUUAUGCAUUUCUCUUGAUUUAUCGAAAGCCUUCGAUGGAGUCACCCGUUCCCACAUAUACAGGGAAAUGCAUGCUCAGCAAGUCCCACCAGAUGUCGUCACAAUAGUGCAGCAGCUUCACAAGGCAGCCCAGUACAAAUUCCAAGUAGGCGACCUUAAUGGAUCCACUACUACUACGAAUGGAAUCAAACAGGGCUGUGUCAUUGCUCCAUAUCUAUGGAACUUUUUCACAAUCGCCUUCCUCACCCUCCUUCGUAACCAACGUGACCUUGAAUGGAUUCGAAGAGUGCUAUCCCUUUUCGCCGAUGAUGUUUGGGGCGCAUGGCUCAUAACAUCGACAAGAGACUUUGAGGCUGCACUCGAUGAUGUGAGCUUGAUCUUAGCCACUCUUGAGAACUUGUGCAUGACGAUCAACUAUAGCAAAACAGCCAUCCUACUCAAGCUCACAGGGAAGGAGGCUAGGCAGCUCAGGCGCGACCACACCAUCAUGAAAGCAGGCCAGCUCCACUUAAAGCUGACCAUCAACGGCCGCGAAUGCACUAUACCCAUUAAAGAUCAGCAUGAGUACCUUGGAACGGUCGUCACCUAUACCAACCGCCUUGACCGCAAUAUGCUCCAAGCCAAGUAUGACUCCGAUCCUGACAUUACCACCACAACGCAGGCGCUAGAGUUUGUUGCACAACAGGCUACCCGGCUGGAGGCAGUCCUCAUGAAUGCGGCCAAGACCUUAGCCACUGCGGGGAUGCCGGCCUGCCGCCUCUGCGAGCGACAAUUCUUCAGGAUGUUUGCGGCUCGGACGGAUCCAGUGCUGAACGACGAGGCGGAGAUCUUCGCAGGCUACUGGGACAACCCAGAGGAGUUCUACCUGUCCGAAACGGACCACAACAGGUCCCAGAAGCGCCACCGCCCGGAGCAACCGGACAGGUGGAACCUUCCCCCUCGACGAAUGCAGGGCUACCGAGUCUACCCGAUGCAACCUCCAUUUCCAGGUCACCGUCCCCCGACACACCAUGGCCCACAGGAUCAACUCAGUCUUCUCAGCCGCGUAGUGUUGAAACAGGAGGAGAUCAUCAGCCGUCUUCGCCACGACAAGAUCUUCAUGCUGUUCAUGCGCAACGAGGCCAACGGGACCUUGGGGACACUCAUGAGAAUCUCCAAGGACUGGAAGAACAAAAAGGCCCUCGACGAGGACCAGCUCCGGUCCCCCCUCAGAACGGUCUUGUUCGCCUGCAUGCUACGCGAGGUGAUGAACUUGGCCCAGCAGGCCGUGGCUACGGAGGAGGCAAAGUCCAAAUACAUCCAGACCGAGUGGAUGACCCAAGCGGGAGCCUGGAACUAUCGCAUUUGGGACCAUGGAGCGAAAGCGCUCAAAGUGGAUCCCAACCGCACGGCCCUCCAGCACGACGAGGCCAUACGGCUGCUGACCUUCCUACUCAAAAACCUCAAGGGAGAAGCAAUCCAACGCUUCGCUGCAACGAAGCAGCUCAGCAUCCUGGAGCAGCAGGGGGCUCAGUUCGCGACUUUCCAGUUGGAAGUCUCCCUACGGGGCCAGACGGCCCAGGAGCUCUACGAGACGUUGGAGAAGCUCACAGGGUGCACUCUGAUGAACCUAAUAGGGGUUUCUAUGAAGAAGGACACCCUCCCCUGCACACCACUGGCGAAGAAGCUCGGAGAUAUGGUUGACCGGCGCCAGGGUCACUGUGAAUCCAGAGGCCUAUCUGCAGACGGUCUGGAAAGGGAAGAGGACAUCAACUGGUUCAGCAGCCGCGUCACACUGCUCCAGAUGCAAAUACAGGGCUUGGCCGAGGGCAUGGAAGCCCUACAGAAGACCCUCAACCGUCUGGACUCACGACUACGACGUCUCGAGCUGCAAGUGUACCAGCCCAAUCGGGACAGCAGCAACAAAUGCCCGCCCAAGUGGAGGAACAAGCAGCUCAUGAUUGCGCUUGAGACCAUGGAUGACUAG